CGGGGCGGGCGGAGUCACAGCAUGCCCGGACCGCCCUGCUGGGUCCCGUGCGGCUGUGCGUGGAGGCCUGCUGGCCUGCUAGCUAGAAUGUGAUUUCAUAUUGGACAAGUGAAGGGAGACCAUGAUGUCUGGUGGAGACCAGGAGCCAGGUCACUGCUAUGUCGGCAUCGAUGUUGGGACAGGCAGUGUCCGUGCAGCUCUAGUGGACCAGAGAGGUAUCCUUCUGGCUUUCGCAGAACAGCCAGUUAAGAAGUGGGAGCCCCAGUUCAACCACCAUGAGCAGUCCUCAGAGGACAUUUGGGCGGCAUGUUGCCUUGUCACAAAGAAAGUUGUUCAAGGGAUUGAUGUGCACCGAAUCCGAGGACUUGGGUUUGACGCCACAUGUUCUUUGGUUGUGUUGGAUAAACAGUUUCAUCCUUUACCAGUGAACCAUGAAGGGGAUUCUUACCGAAAUGUUAUUAUGUGGCUGGACCAUCGAGCAGUCAGCCAGGUUCAGAGAAUCAACAAAACCAAGCAUGGUAUCCUUCAGUAUGUCGGUGGUGUGAUGUCUGUGGAGAUGCAGGCCCCAAAGCUCCUCUGGCUGAAGGAGAACUUGAGAGAGACUUGCUGGGACAAGGCGGGACAUUUCUUUGAUCUCCCAGACUUCUUAUCAUGGAAAGCAACAGGUGUCACAGCACGGUCUCUCUGUUCCUUGGUCUGCAAAUGGACGUACUCAGCAGAGAAAGGCUGGGAUGACAGCUUCUGGAAGAUGAUUGGUUUGGAAGAUCUCAUUGGUGAUAAUUACAGCAAAAUAGGAAAUCUUGUGCUGCCCCCUGGAACUUCUCUUGGAAGUGGACUCACACCAGAGGCAGCCAAAGAGCUGGGUCUUCCUCCGGGAAUUGCUGUGGCAGCCUCUCUCAUUGAUGCCCAUGCAGGAGGACUAGGAGUGAUUGGAGCAGAUGUGAGAGGUCAUGGCCUCAUCUGUGAGGGACAGCCAGUGACGUCACGGCUGGCUGUCAUCUGUGGAACAUCAUCUUGUCACAUGGGGAUCAGCAAAGAUCCAAUUUUUGUACCAGGUGUGUGGGGACCUUAUUUCUCAGCCAUGGUUCCUGGCUUCUGGCUGAAUGAAGGUGGUCAGAGUGUAACUGGGAAAUUGAUAGACCAUAUGGUGCAGGGCCAUGCUGCCUUUCCUGAACUACAAGCCAAGGCCACAGCCAGAUGCCAGAGUAUAUAUGCAUAUUUGAACAAUCACCUGGAUCUGAUUAAGAAGGCUCAGCCUGUGGGUUUCCUCACUGUUGAUUUACAUGUUUGGCCAGAUUUCCAUGGCAACCGGUCUCCCUUAGCAGAUCUGACUCUAAAGGGCAUGGUCACUGGAUUGACACUGUCUCAGGACCUUGAUGAUCUUGCCAUCCUCUACCUGGCCACUGUUCAAGCCAUUGCUUUUGGGACUCGUUUCAUCAUUGAGGCCAUGCAGGCAGCAGGGCACUCUCUCAGCACCCUCUUCCUAUGUGGAGGCCUAAGCAAGAACCCCCUUUUUGUGCAGAUGCAUGCUGACAUUACCGGCAUGCCUGUGGUCCUGUCACAAGAGGUGGAGUCUGUCCUCGUGGGUGCUGCUAUUCUGGGUGCUUGUGCCUCCAGGGACUUCACAUCUGUGCAGGAUGCGUGUUCUGCUCCUCUACGGCUGGAGGAAGAGUGGGCUGUGACAGCUGGGCUGACAGAUGACAGUGGAGCAGAUCUGGAGAAGGAGGCGAUGGCAAGAAUGAGCCAAGUGGGGAAAGUUGUGUUCCCGAGACUGGAGGAUAAAAAGUAUUAUGACAAGAAAUAUCGUGUAUUUCUGAAGAUGGUGGAGCACCAAAGGGAGUACUCAGAAAUCAUGAAUGGAAACUGAACAGCAUUUGUGGGUGCCAACCCAUAAAGACUCUGUGCCAUUUGUCAGGAGUCUCUGUGUUUUCAUUUUAUAGCCCAUGCCCUUUAGGUAUCAUUUUGGCAUGGCUGUCUUACCUUAAUAAAAACUUUGACACGCACAAGCAUAA